CCGUCACACCUUCAUUUAGGCCAGGAAUCCGUCUACGUGAUACGUGACGUCACGUUCAAAGAGGAUCCCCACCCGUCUGAGUUUCAGCGCGGCAGCAAACAAUCAGGAAGAAGAGAAAAAUGACAAGACGGUGAUAAUUGAACCGCAAAAUGCGACCCGCUGUUAUAAUCAGCUGCUUUCUAUUGAACACCAUCAUUCAGACAGGUCAGUUUGCUCUAAUAGAAACAGAGGAGACUGUGUGGGCAGCAGUAGGUGAUCAAGCCUCUCUAAGCUGUCAGCUCACUGAGGAUAAAGACGUUCUAAGGAUCACCUGGCAGAAAGUCCGCCAUGAUGAACAGAAGACUCUUGCCUCCUAUACAAAGGAAUAUGGGUACAGAGUAAGACCUGACCUGAAGGACAAGAUGGAUUUUCUCUGUGAAGAUCUUCAGAGCUGCUCCAUGGUGAUCAGGAAGGUCAUGGAGGAGGAUGAAGGCUGCUACCAAUGUCUGUUUAGCACCUAUCCUAGAGGAAUCCUGAUUGUCAGGACCUGCCUCAGACUCUAUGGUGAGGAAAGGAGGCAUGCUGCAAAGGUAAAAAAGUUUAAUAUUAUCAUCAAAAUGAUGUUUGUUCUCCUCUCAGAGCUGCAUGAACCCAUCCUUGAUGUCAGCAGAUCAGAUUUUUCUGCAGAGUCAGUUGUGUCCUGUUCAGCCACAGGUCGACCUGCUCCCACUGUAACACUGACUGUUCUACAGCAGAACCUCAGCUUCUCCCACUACAACAGCAGCAUUUUUUUCUUCAGGUUUUGA